AGGCCGGGCAGGCGGAGGCAGGGCCGCCGGAGCUCGUGCCCGGGCCGUGGCUCCUCCCGCCCCCCGCUCGCCCGCCUGCUUCCUUGGAGCCAGAGGGCGGGCAGAAGGGAGGAAGGAGAGGCGGGCCCGGCCGAGGCAGGAAAAAGUUUGUGAAGAGUUUUUCUCUUUUUUUUUCUUUAUUUGUUUUGGAGGCGGCGCUGGGGAGGUGGCGGCGGGCAGCAUGGACGCCCUCAAGUCCGCCGGGCGGGCCAUCAUCCGGAGCCCCAGCAUCGCCAAACAGAACUGGGGCAGCGGCAGGCAUAAGAAACUUCCAGAAAACUGGACAGACACCAGAGAAACCCUGCUGGAGGGCAUGCUGUUCAACCUGAAGUACCUAGGUAUGACUCUGGUCGAGCAACCCAAAGGAGAAGACUUAUCUGCUGCUGCUGUCAAAAGAAUUGUUGCAACGGCAAAAGCCAGUGGUAAGAAACUCCAGAAGAUCACCUUGAAAGUGUCUCCCAGAGGGAUAAUCCUCAGUGACAGCAUAACGAAUGAGCCGAUCGAAAACAUCUCAAUAUACAGGAUAUCCUACUGCACAGCCGAUAAGGUGCAUGACAAAGUGUUUGCCUACAUUGCGCAGAGUCAGCUCAACGAGAACCUGGAGUGCCAUGCCUUCCUCUGCACAAAACGGAAAAUGGCCCAAGCCGUCACCCUCACAGUCGCUCAGGCAUUCAAAGUAGCAUUUGAAUUCUGGCAGGCAUCCAAAGAAGAAAAGGAGAAGCGGGAAAGAGCCAUGCUGGAAGGAGAAGGGGCCAGCAUCCCAAACUCAGAAAAUUCUGCCUCCCCAAAAGGCUUGGUCACCACAGGGAACUUGCUGGACCUGGAGAAUGUUGCCAAAACUCCUUUGAAUGUGAAUGCAAACUCUGUGCCUUCAGACGACAGCAUCUUCCAAACGCCUUCAUCUGAAAACAACAACAUAGUGUGGGCGCUGGACGACGGACUGGAUGAAGCCUUUUCAAGACUAGCUGAAUCUCGAACUAACCCCCAUGUCCUUGACAUUGGCUUGACCGCUCAGGACAUCCAGACCACUGAAAUUCUCUCGCCCACUGACUGGGACAAAGUUGAUUCAACAGUUGCAGCUGAGAAAGAUGACAACCUCUUUGGCUUCUGACAUCCUCCAUCUUUCUCCCAGCGAGCUUUUGGAUUUAAAUAACCACUCAACAUAAGCGGACUUCAUAUGCACUGCAUUCUGGGUGACUGAACUUGAGAGCGUUCCUCAGGGGAGGGGCAGUAUAUUUGGUUCCGAUGAUUCUGUUGUGACACCCAGCCACUCUUCAGACCAAAGCUUCCGGUACAUUAUUCAUCUUUUUAUAUAUAAUUGUUUUUUGGUCUUUUAUCUACGUCAUAAGAUGCUCCUUGAAUAUAUUUAUUCAAGAACCCUUUUUGGUUUACAUAUAUUAUGGAACAUUUGUAGCUUCAUCUAGCAUAACAUUACAGUAUUAGAUUGCUUUACCUGCUGGAAUCUCCUCAGCAGACAGCACCUGUCUUGUGAGGGAGACCAAAGUAAACAGAAAUAUGUCCUUGUUCUUUUUCCUAGAAGGGAGUAACAAGUUGUCCUGGGGAGAUACAGAGAGGCCAGGCUCAUGGUUUGGAUUGGAUUGGGGAGGAAGGUUGAGGUACCAUAAAAUUAAGUGCUGCUUCAUCAAGAAAGGCAAAAAAGGGAUAGUGUAUAUGUGACUCUCUAUCCCUUCUUUCUAUGACACACUGGCUUUUCCCAAAGGCCUGCUGGUAGCAGCGUCCUACUGUGGAAUCAGUUGAGGCUUGUUUCCAGUAUUUCUGACUUUAUUCAUCCACCUGCUAAGCCACCCUGAGUCCUUUUUGGAGAGUUGGUGGGAUAUAAAAGGAAAUAAAUAAACAAACAAAGGACAAAAUGUAUUGUCGAAGUGUAUACAGUGUUAACAGACUUCUCUCUGUGAUAGACCUCUGAAGAUGCCAACCACAGAUGCAGGAGAAAUGUAAGGAACGAGAUCUACCAGAUCACGGCCACACAGCCUGGAAAACCAACAACAACCAAAAGAACAAAAUGCUUACCCCUUGGUAGGCUUGCUAGCCCUCCUGCCAGCAAGCCCUGUUGCCUGCUGCUGCUCUAAGAGAAAAAAAACCAGUUACCAAUGUCACUAUGUCACUUCCCAGUUAGUUACAAAGGGUAGCUCUAAGAAUUGCUGGAAAACCAUGGAGUUUCUGGCAAUUCCUAGAGCUACCCUUUGUCACUUGUGGGUGACCUGGAUAUGAUUUUAGUCCACCCCUUGAUAGUUAGCAGUGCUGGUAGUUCAGCCUACCUAGCAAGCAAGGGGAAAACUCCUGGAUUGAGAAGGAAUAUAUGCUUUCUCCCCAUCCCCUGCCCCAGGAUGCUCCCAAGUAUGUGGUGCAGUAUCUUGCUACCCUUCAGCAGGGUCAGGGAGGAGAGAUUGGCAGCCUUUUUUAUCCUCUUUGGCUGGUUCUACAUGUACCUUGGGUAAAUGGCACACAUGUUAUUGGAUUGUACCACUUCUCAUUUCUGCUGUGGCUGCAUGUUUGAGCAUUUCCCCCACUCCACUUUGCAAAAAGACUGGGAGGAGGCUAAGCUGUAAUGCUUCAUUUUGAUGCUGAUUUUUUCCCAUGGUAAGGAUGUAGAACCCCCCUUUCCUUUACUUGGCAGUUACUUCCUGUCUUGGACUUCCUUGCUGCAAUGCUAGCUUUCUUUGUGGGGUGGGUUGUUGUCAUGGAGGAAUAUUCUGUGCUGUGACCAUCACCACCAUUUUUGCAAUGUGAAAUGGUACCGUCCAGAAACAACUGCAACAUCUAAACGGCUGUUUGUGUAAACCAGAAUCCCUCUGAUCUGGAAGGGGUGUGUGUGUGUGUGGAGCUGGCUGAGAAAAUAACUGGAGCUGGCUGAGAAAGUAACUGGUGAUCUUCUCCAAAAAAAGGUGCGUGUGCAAAAGAAAAGAAGUGUGUGAGAGAGAAUGAUAAAAGGGGUUGUCUCAGUAUCAGCAGAGUCCUGAACUUUGGAGCGAUAUGUGGAUCCUUAGCAAUGAACCUCACUCUUGUUGGACAGUGGUAUGACCUGAUUCUCCAGGUCAUUCAGAGAGGAGCUGGCUACAUCUGCAUUUGGGUGGAAAGACCACAAAAAAUGGGGCGUAUGGGCCUCGAUAAGAAAUAUUUUUGGAAGGACCCAAAUCUGUUUUUAUAAGUAUCUUUUCAGAGGCAUCUUCCAUUUUACUGGAUUCUUCCUCAGCAUCUUUCUCUUUACAUUAAAAAGGGUGGGGCUAUAACAGUUGAUAAAAUUAGAAUUGUGGGUGAUCCUGUUAAUCUCUGAUCAGAUUUCUUAUCAGUUCUCCAGGUGUGCAAUUUUGUUGCAAAAAACAGACCUGGGGCGAGAUGUGACUGUAUAAAGGUGGCACUUGUGAUAGGGAUGGAAGGGCUAAUUCUUUGUCCCUAGACCAUUAAAAGGUAUACCAUUACACAAUCAAAAAUGCCUCCCUCCUAUGCACUUUCACUAGAGGGAGAAAAGACAGGUUUUGUGCCUGUCUUGUUCUAUUCCAGAGUUUAAAGCUGCCCAGAGCAGGAGAUAAUUUGCAAUCAGGAAAACAACACUAGGCAGGAAGGAAAGUUAACUGCCUUUCCCAUUGCCGUAGCCCUGAUCCAUACUGGAGGUUUUGCUGCUUCAUAGGCUCAAAUUCUGUACCUGGGGUUCCAAUCAUUGCAUUUAGCUACCUUUAAGUGAGACAAAUUGCCCUUUGUUUUUUUAGUGUGUAGCCAAGGCUUGUUUCUUUCUCUGUGUUCUUAUUUCAUUCCUUUCUUCCUCUGCCAACUUCAGAAUGGAGUGAACUUUUGGUAUCCAAAGAUUUGCACUUUAGAAACAAAGGGACGGUUUCAGACAUCAAAACAGAUUUGCCCAGCUGUAGCCUAUUCUCUUUACUGUUUUUCAAAAGUCCUUUUCCAUAAAAAGAAACCAGCAGUUGGGUGUCCUUCCCCAAACUGUUCCCGUGCUCUUCUGCAGCAGCAAAAUGUUUGAAGAUGCAGCCAUCACGUUGAUGUUGAGCAUCAAUGGCACUUUGAAAAUUAUAUCUUGACAUUUGUCACCAAGGAAGAAUUCAGUUUCUGAGUUUUGGCUGGUGAUUAAAGAAGAACAGUGUGGGUAUUGAAAUGGCUCCUUUAAACACCUUCCACUUCUAUUUGACUAGUUCAGUUGUGGCCCCCUCUGGCAUUUAAAUCUCUAAAUAUAGAUGGCUGCCAAAUUGCAUUAAACAAAACCCUUAAUUCCUGAUUGCUUUCCACUUUAAAACGAGGUGUUUAAGUGACUAGGUUUGGAAGAUUAUCCUUCCUUCUCCUUCUACCCCCCCACCCCCACCCCCGCAUCUCUUGCACGCUUAGAAAAGAAUAUCUCUUUCUGAUUUUUCAUUUUGUAGACUCUGGAUUUAGAAAACCAAACAACGUGAAUCAGGAUUAUGCUUAUUAAAAGAUUACGUUUACAGUGAUCCCAAAUAACUGCCCUAUGGCACAGUUUGCCCUGUUUGUGGCCUUGUUGAAAAUAUACUAAUCUGCUUUAUAGUUUUCUAAUUGGCUUCAAAAAUGCUAAUUUCAAUUCCACAAUGACACUGUUAAAAUAAAAGACUUUGCUAAUACAAUAGUUGUGAACAGUAAAAAGGGGCAGCAGAUAAAUUUAAAGCCAGCUAGUCCAAAAGCCUGGCUCCUUCCAUUUCUCAUAAAUUCUGGGUACUCUGGGAUGGAGGGGAGGAGUAUUUAAAGCAACUUUCUUCAGCUUGUCAAGCGGAAGAGCCUGAGAUGUCUGGGCUUGCAUGGGGCACAGCAUUUCUGCGUUGGGAUUGAUGGAGGAAGACCAGUUGAAGAUUUCUGCUGAAACAUGUUUGUUCAAAGAGUAUUCUCACCUGUGCAAACUAGUCUGCGUGAAGUAUCCAAAAUCAGUGUGUGGAGCAGGGAGAGCUGGGAUCAUUCUAAAACCUGUGACAAGAAUGGCCCAAGAAGCUUCAUCUCUACGUCAAUAUCUACUAUUUUCUUUUUUCGGGAUGCUCAGAGUAUAUAUUUAAUAUGCACAAUAUAUCUGCGUGUACAUAGUGAAACGUAUACUGUAAAAAGUAUCAAUUUGUCAUUAAAUAAAAUCUACCUUUUUCAAUGCA